AUGAGCGAUAGGAUACGAUUUAGUUGUUCAACAAAUGGUAUUGAAAAGACAGCUAUUCACAGGGUAGAUGAACGUGCAGCUCUUGAUUGUCAUGGUCCGGCAAAAUUUGUAGAUUCUUUGGUUGGUACAUGUAUGAAAGCAAAUGAUUCGAUUAUAAUACGAUUACGUGAAAUACCAAUGCUUCCAAAUGAAAUGUCAUAUAAGCCGGAUAAUGAUUAUUUUUUUAUAACAACAUCUACCGGUGAUAAAGAUGGCUUAGAAAAUAGUGAAGGAGGCUUUUGUCGAACGAAAAAUAUGAGGUUGAAAAUUCGAGUGGAAUCAAAGUGGACAGGAAUAAGUCAAAAAAUUCCGGAAUUUGCAGCUAAAAGUGGACCGGUGAUGAUGAUUCCAGUGAGUUCUGGACAGUAUGCUGUUCCUAUUGUUUACGUUCCGGUAGCUCCAUCAUCCAAAGCUAACGGCGAUGAUAGAAAGAGACCAGUGUUUCCGUAUCAUUUGUAUUUUGCAAAUGGACAUUUUCAAGCUGCCAACUCGAACUUAGGAGAUUUAGAACCUAGAACAGAAUUACAAUUUGAUGCUGGAGAUCAGCCUAAAAAUUUCGGAAAUCCUGCAUCUGCAAUUAAAUCAAGUGGAUAUGUUGCACCAAAACUUGUUAAUGAGAAAGAUGUCGAUUUUGAAAUAGAAUAUAUGGAUUCUGCUAGUAGAAGUGAGUUUACUUAUGUGUUUUUUUUUUAA